CUUCUGCCGAGAGCUGGAUUGUGAUAGCCCCAUGCUGAAGGAGGCAUCCUUGCUACUGACAACAGUAUCACUUCUUCAACAAGAUACUUGUGGCCCAGGUCUCGCUCUUGUUGGGUUACCCUGCUGCGACUGCAGCUUAAUUCGAUGGCUUAGGCACGUCAUUUUCGGAACUUACCUGCGCAUAUGCUGGUCCAGCAAUCGUCAGCAUGGCAAACCUCACUUGCACCGCCCCGAUAAACCCCAACGACCAUUCGAGCCAUGGUGCUCAUCACGGCCACGGGUCUCCCUCCACCAUAGUCACGAAGCCAUCAUGCUGGGCCGACGACAAUGCUUUCCUACCCACUUUGGCUUACUGCAUCAACACACGAUGCAAGUCUGUAUCCGUUGUUGCAGUUGAGCGAUACUGGAAGGAGCAGGUGCCGGUCGACCCGUCCGUCCCUCCGGAAUGA